UUAAGCUGUUGGAGAUACCGAAGAUAUUUUCAACCACUGGACUCUAUUCUUAUUGACUUAAAAGCAACAUAACGACACAGUGAAGUUUCACCAAUGAUCUGUAUACUGCUGGUAGCGGGCCACGGCACCGUCUUAGAGGCUCAAAUUAAGAAUGAUGAAACAGGCUUAUACAGCCACCUGACUGGAGUACCAAAGGCUUUACUUCCUGGCGUGGGAGGAAGGAAGAUCCUCGACUUUUGGUGGGAAACCGUCAACAUGCGACAGCUUUUCACAGAAGUGUAUUUGGUGACUAAUGCGGACAAGUAUAAGUACUAUGAGCGCUGGGCCACAGCUAACGACUUCCCGGUUGAAAACAUUGUGAAUGACGGCAGCACGACGUUGGAGGACCGCCUCGGAGCCGUGGCUGAUCUGGAGCUGGUCAUCCGCAGCCGAAAGCUGGAGGACGACAUCAUGGUGAUUGCAGGAGACAUGCUGUGUGCAGACCAGAACUUUGACAUUGCUCAAGUGAUCCGCUUCUUCAGGUCAGAGCCUGGAGAGUUAAUCAUAUACUACGAGUUGGAGGAAAGUGAGAAAAGCAGCUCCAGAGGCAUAGUGGAGGUUUGCCCCGACACCCACAGGGUAACACGCUUCUUGGAGAAACCUCAGGAUGGGCUCACAGCGUCCCGGCUGGCCAGCGUUGUGUUUUACUGUCUCCAGAGAGACACACUGUCCCACCUGUCCGACUUCCUGCGCCUGCAGCCUCAGGCAUCCUUCGGACGAUUCUGGGAGUGGCUCGUCAAUGAGAAGCAACUGGAUGUGUUUGGGAUGAAGCUUCCUACUGGCUUCCAGCUCAUUGGACAAGUGGGCCUGUCAGACUACACCAAGUGGCUCACCCACUACUCCACCAAGCAACAAGACAACCCUGCUAAACCAAUCACAUACAGAUCCUUUGCCCGGGUUGGAUUGAUGGGGAACCCCUCGGAUGGCUUCAACGGGAAAACCAUCGCCAUGUCCAUCUCUAACUUCUGGGCCGAGGUCACUCUUGUGGAGAGCCAGACUUUGGUGUUAGUCCCUCAUCCCCUCAACGACCCCACAGAGUUUGGAAGCUUGCAAGAUUUGUUCUGCAUCAGCAGGAAGGAAGGGUACCUGGGAGGUCUGCGGCUGCUGCAGGCUACCUGCAAGAAGUUCUACCAGUUCUGCUCCAAACAAGGUAUUGCUUUGACAAAGCAGAACUUCACACUGAAGUAUGACACCAACAUUCCUCGGCAAGUGGGCCUCGCUGGAAGCAGUGCCAUCGUCUCAGCUACUCUGAAGUGUCUCAUGAAGUUCUACAAUAUCACCGACAAUGAUCUCCCAAAGCCGAUCCGAGCCAACUUCAUCCUCAACGUGGAGACUGAUGAGCUCUUCAUCACUGCGGGCCUGCAGGACAGAGUUGUUCAGGUGUAUGAAGGCUUAGUCUACAUGGAUUUCAGCAAGAAUCUCAUGGCAGAGCAGGGCUACGGGAACUAUGUUUCUAUGGACAUGAGUGGGCUCCCACACUUUUGGCUGGCUUACCUGAGCGACCCCAGCGACUCUGGACGCAUCCACAGCAACAUCAGACAGCGCUGGCUCAGUGGGGAGCCUCUGGUUGUCGAGGCCAUGAAGAGUUUUGCUGAGCUCACCGAUCAAGCAAGGAUGGCUCUACAGGACAGAGACUGGAGGCGCCUGGCUCAACUGAUGGACCAGAACUUUGAGCUGCGGAGGUCUGUGUACACUGAUGACUGUCUGGGUCCGGGGAACCUGAAGAUGGUUCAGCUGGCGAGGCAGUUUGGAUCGGCGGUGAAGUUACCCGGCAGUGGGGGAGCCGUGGUGGGUCUGUGUCUGGAUGAAGAGAAACUGGUGGAAAUGAGGCAAGCUUUCCAGGAGGCAGGCUGUGUCUUCUGUGUCAUCGCUCCAUACAACCCAUCUGCCAGCACUGUGGGCGGCCAACACUAGCCUCACAUCUCCCCACGACUCAGUCAGGGCUACCCGAGGCCAGCUCAUGGCCAUCGGCUGGAUAUGGCAGAGUGCAACCCUCAGUGAGGCCCAAUAUCAUUUCAUAGCCCUUAUUACUAAAACAGACAGCGGAGAUCAUGAUUGUUUUAUGAUCAAAUGUGUAAAUGUCCCCUCUGUGGGAUGAAUAAAGGUAUUCUGAUACAUGAAAAUAUAAGAAAGCCAUUGUUAAAAAAGGAAAAUCAGGGUUGCCAUUAGGUGAUUAAAUCUUUGGGGAUACUGUGUGUAAUUAUUAAUCAGAUUGAUCAAAUGGUGCUUUAUCAUCCAUCAGGAUUUGCGUCACUUGAUCUCUGGACAAAAGAGAGUCUGCAUAUUUUACAUUUUUAUUUCAGAUUAUAUGACAAUGAUGAUCACAUGGAAAUGUAAGGUUCUGCACGAGAAUGACCUUGAGUCAAAUAUAUCAAUCGCAGUAAUGUGAAAAUUAUGUAAUUAUUUUUCUACAUGUGAUAUUUUAUAGAUAUUAUCUUUGUAUAAUUAAUGUAAUUUUUUUACACAAAUUAAAAGCAACUGUAUCGUU